UCUAGAGUCUGGAUUGCCUCCCAGUCCCUGACCGGCCAUGCCUGCACCGCUGCUCCCUCUGCUGCUUCGGAUGUUGCUGUCUCGCCUACUGCUGCCAAUUGCCCGCCUGACCCGCCGGCACCUCCUGCCCCUGCUGCGCAGAUUGGCCCGCCGCCUGGGAUCCCAAGACAUGCGAGAGGCUUUGCUGGGCUGUCUGUUGUUCAUCCUCAGCCAGAGACACUCACCUGAUGCUGGGGAGGCCUCCAGUAAGGCCCACCCAGAGAGGAGGGAGAGGCUAGCUCCCCCAAAAUGAGACCAGGAGACCAAGUAGCAGCAGUAUUCGCCAAAAUGCUUUCUUUUGCAGUCACAGUCCCUGCACUGUCACUGACCACAGCCUGCCCAGUGUGCAGAAGACAUGGUGGGAUGCUAAGCACAAAAGGGGUCUGACCAGGACACGUCUCCUCCUUCCCAGCAGAAAUGACAAGAAGGAUACCCUGCACCUUGUAGAAAAUGGACACUCCCUUCCCUGCUUCCCUUUGAAGACCUUUGUUGAUUACCUGUGGACUCAGGGGGGAAAGAAAUAACUCCCUCUCAACCCCUACCCCACCCCAGCCAAAUGGGGACAUGAAGUCCCAUGAGGGACGAUACUUACUUAACCCAGGGACAACUGACCAUUUAGCAGAGUCUAGACAUUUUAAUCCAGAUUGUCUUACUGCCUCAAGAUUUACCUUAAAAUAAGAUCUUGGUUCCUUAGGGAGUUAGUCCUGCAUCUGAAGUGACACCUCCAGCAUGCAACUAUCACUUAAUAAA